GGGAGGGGUGUGGCGGCAGAUUCCGGACAGGUACACACGGGGCGUGGCCGCCUUCAGGUGAGGGGACACGGUGGGGCCGGAAGGUGCCGGCGGCCACAGCGGCCCAGGAGCGAUGAGGAGGCGGCGGCGGGAGCCGAGAGCGGGGCCCGGAGCGGGGCCGGCGCUGCUGCCGCUGCUGCUGCCGCUGCUGCUGCUGCUGCCGGCGGGCGGUCACCGGGGGGUGGCAGCAGAAGAUGACACAGUGCCGUGCGGGACCCCGGUGCACCGGCGCGUGGUGGGCGGCGCGGGGGCGCAGGAGGGGCAGUGGCCCUGGACGGUCAGCGUGGCCUUCAGGGGGCGCCACGUCUGCGGGGGCGCCCUGAUCGCCCCCGCCUGGGUGCUCACGGCUGCGCACUGCUUCCCGCCGGAGAACCCCCUCCCCGAGUACCGGGUCACGCUGGGGGUGCUGCAGCUCCUGUCCCCCCCCCACGACGCCCAGGUCAGGGGCGUGGCCUCGGUCGCGCGCCACCCGGCCUAUCGCGACUAUCGCGACAGCGACCCCCAGCGGCGGCGGCGGCGGCGGCGGCAGGGCGGUGACGUCACCGGGGGUGACGUCAUCGCGGGGGACCUGGCGCUGGCCCGGCUGGACCCCCCCGCCAGCCCCUCGCGCUUGGUACGGCCCGUGUGCAUCCCCGCGGCCGGAGUGACCUUUGACCCCGGCAUGAACUGCACCGUCACCGGGUGGGGACACGUCCGGACGGCCGUGCCGCUGCCGCCCCCCAAGACGCUGCAGCAGCUGGAGGUGCCGCUGCUGAGCCAGCGCCACUGCCGCUGCCUGUACGCCUUGGGGACAGCGCCGGCGCCGGGGGACGCGCUGGGGACACCCGCGGGGGACACCAUCUGCGCGGGCCUGCCGCAGGGACAGCGCGACGCCUGCCAGGGUGACUCCGGCGGCCCCCUCACCUGCCGCCUGGCUGGCACCUGGCACCUGGCGGGCGUGGUGAGUUGGGGCGACGCCUGCGGGCUGCCGGGCCGCCCGGGGGUCUACACGGGGGUGUCCCCUCACCUGCCCUGGAUCCUGUCCCUGGUGCCCGAGCUGGCCCCGCGCCACGCCCCGGAUGUCCCCGGUGGUGUCCCCGGUGGUGUCCCCGGUGGUGUCCCCAAUGUCCCCGGUCCUGGUCCUUAUUUUGGGGUGAAACCCCAAAUUUAG